AUGUCAUCAGAUGUUUCUUUAAAAUUUGGCGGCAUGCCAGCCCCGACGCGCGAGAUUGUCGAGAAGCUGGAAGCCAAAGCGAAAAAUAAUCGGAAUGCAGAACAGCAGAAGGACAGAGUCUACGUCAGCAUGUGUGAGAUUAUGCAAGGUCUUUGCAUCAAUUUCGAUUUCGUCAAGGAAACGCUUCGCCCGUUGGCCGAGCAAUUCCUACGGCAGCGCUCCCAUCUGGUGACCAAAUGUGAUACCCGGCAUGGCUGGGACCCUAUCGCAACCACUUUUGCUGGCGAUUGCUUGCGAAUUUGGGAGCUCUAUAGCGCUCAGGCUGGCCCCGCCCAUAAAGACUUCUGGCAUGCAGUGGUCGCCGAACCUAGGACAAAAUUCUUGCUUGCAUCGUAUUCAGCAGCCGAUAUCCAAGCCGGAGAAGUCAAGAACCCCUUCGCAGACAAACGCAUGCCACAGCCACACGAGACACCACAUUGCAACUAUCCAGCCAUGGGGGCGACCAUGUUCCCGGUACCGCUCGAUGUGCGCAAGCAGCUUCUUCUUGAGUUCCUGAUCCAUACUGCCACCAAGACGAAAAGGUCAAGAAGAAGGAGAUCGGGGGCCCACGUCGUGCUGCACAGGCCGAAAGGUCCGAGCAAGGCAAAAGCCUCGGAGGAGCCGACACGGUCGCGCACUGAGACUCACAUUGCACUUUCUCACUGUCCACAAGGUCAACCAGAGGAAGACGAUCCUCCACCUUACUUGGUUCCAUUCGUUGUCUUGAUGKGCGAGCGCGCUGAAGUGGAGAAGCUCACGAUCGCGGGAGUCCAUGAACAAAUCGUCAAAGCAGGAUAG